AUGAAAUCAUCAAGUAAAGAUUUGUGUAAAUAUUUUUGUAGAAAAUGUCAGAACUUUAUAUAUUAUAAUGAAGCAUGUGAAUUAAUAUAUAAGAAAAUAUAUCCAGAUUAUUAUAAAGUAUAUUAUAAUAAAUAUGAAUUUGACAAGAAAAGCGAAGGAAAGAGAGAAGUUAAUCAGAAACAGUAUGAUAAUUUAUAUAGACAGUUAUAUAAUAAUGGUUUAUGUGGAGUUAAUAAACAAAGGAAUGAUUUUUUAAAUAAAGAUAAUAUAAAUAAUAUUCUUCUUUUUCUUAAUAAAGGGAGUAUUCAGUGUAAUAAAUGUAAUAAUAUACAUAUGUGGUAUAUGAAAUGA